AUGUCCGGCCCAACGGACAGAAUCAGCCACGAUAUCACGGUCCGGGAGCUCGGGGCAAACAACCGCCAUGAGGAGUUCGCCCUGAUCCGCGACAUCGUUGAGACAUUAAUCCACCACGUCGCCGUGGUCGUCCAGUACCCUGGCGUCGUCACUCGCCGCGUCGGCACCUUCGACAGCACCGCCGACUACGACUACCAGACCCUCCGCGACAACGUCAACCUCCUCCGGCCCAUCCAGAUCGGUCUCACCUUCCCCGACGCUGCCGGCGACCUCCCCCGCUUCCCCCCCGGCGGUGGCUGCCCCUGCGUCUGGCAGUUCAACUUACGGGAGUUCGACGUCGAUGCUGACAUCGCCGACCCUGACGCCGUCGAGCUCCUCCGCGGAUACGGUGUCGACUUUGCGAAGCAGCGGGAGCAGGGGAUCGGUGCCUGUGACUUUGGCGAGUUCUUGAUGUCCACCGGAGCCGUGCUCAAAGGCUCCGACGUCGAGUGGAUCACCUUCGAUGGUGGGUAUGAUAUUGGCUUCCUCCUCAGGAUAUUGACGGGCCGCGUGCUCCCCGAGACGCGGGAAGAAUUCUUCGAGCUCGUCAACAUCUUCUUCCCGACUCUGUACGACGUCAAGCACCUGAGCACAUUCUGUGAUGAUGAUCCCGGGCUCGUCCAGGUCGCCGAACUGUUGGGCGUGGAGAAUGUCGGAGUUUGCCGCCAGGCGGGCGGUGACAGCUUACUCACCGCUCGCGUCUUUAGGAAGACGAAAGAGAGGUACUUUGCUGGUUCAAAUGAUUAG